AUUCAACUGCAAAAGUGAUGAACUUAAAUGGCCCAAGCCAGAGCAAUCAGCACUAGAUCGAGUCGAGCGGCUCUCAGCCAAUUAAAUUACGCUGUUUGAUCACAUGACACCGUUAGCCAGCAGUGUGUCUCCUGAAAAGAGAGCUGUUUAGAGAGGCAGUUUUGAAUUUAGGAGCGGCAAGAUGGCAGCGGCAAACCCUGGCGGUUCUCCGGAUCUUCUCCUACAUCAUAUUCUUCAGAGACUGCGUUCACGUUUAGAACAUUGUCUUGAACACCUUCCCCUGGAUCUGGACUUUUUAGAUUUCAUUCGCACCCAGGAACUAGUUUUUCUACAAGCUUUGUCCGGUCAAGUUGAGGUUUGCCCUGUCCUCUUAGAUGCAUUAUGUAGUUUACAUACUCUGAUAAACCGAGAAAAGGAUAAAAUGACUCUACAUAGUGCUGUCAUUCAGUUUGAGUGGGGACCUACUGGGCGACUAAGAAUGGCUCUUUCCCCCUAUCAUCUUAACAGCCUUCUGGAACUGAACUUGUCCAUCCCAGCCAUUGCUAAAAUUUUGGGAAUGUCCAGAAGCACAGUAUUCCGACGCAUGAAUGAGUUCAAUCUUUCAGUCAAAGCACUCUAUAGCAGCCUGUCAGAUGAAGAGUUGGACCAAUGCAUUACAGACAUAAAAUCCAGGCAGCCUCACGCUGGAUACCGGAUGGUGAAAGCACUUCUUCAGGCCAGAGGACACAGAAUCCAGUACCAAAGGGUUCGAAGUUCUAUGCACCGUGUUGACACAGCUGGUGUUGUGUCAAGGAUGGUUUCCUUGGGAUGCAUUGCUCGACGUGCUUAUUCCGUCCCAGGACCACAGUCUCUAAUGCAUAUUGACACAAACCAUAAACUGAUACGCUAUAACAUUGUGAUCUUUGGAGGUAUUGAUGGCUUUUCUCGUAAGAUUAUGUAUCUCGGUGCUGCUUCCAACAAUCUGGCAUCAACAACACUGGCAUUCUUCCAAAAAUCAGUCGAGAAGUUUGGUUUUCCUCUCAGUUGUUCCCAGGACAUAUGGACUCAACCUCAACAAUCCCUUACACUGAGCAGCAUGAAGCGACAGUGCAGAGGAAAAGCAGAACCCGGCUCAGUACCAGCAGCCAUCUGGGUUUGGAGGAGAGAGACAGAGACACAGAACUACCAAAAGUAUUUUUUAUGUGAUUGACUGUUGUUGUAAUUCAAGCCCUGAGUGUAGAGCAGGUAAGAUAUAAAGUUGCAUCGUAAAUUUCAU